AAGCUCUUGGUUACUGAAACUAUAUUCAAACACAAUCUGUGAAUAGUCUAUUCAGACAGUGGGCUAAACAGGGGAGGUCAUAAAGCACCAAUGAAUUUCAGGCAACAACAGCAACAAAAUGUCUGACACAAAAGUAUUUGUCCAAACAUUGAAUUAACACACAUCUUUUAUCAGGUCAGAAAUGGCAAUGAUUAAAAUGUGCAAUAAAACCAACAAUGGCAGUCUUAACAAUGUCUUUUUUGGGCCUCUGGCGUCAGAGUAGAGGACUGGUUGUUGACACUGCAGCUGUAUGCAUGGAGUGAUGUCAUCACUGACUCAUACAAGCUGUUGACAAAGUCCCCUGGCCAGCCAAGGAUGACACUAACAUAAUGGCAUGACCUGUGGUGAAGAUGUAGGCUGGAAUGAGUGGGGAGAAAUGUGUCGCUGCUGUGGGCACACACAAACACACAAACUGAUGCAUGUAGUUUUGGAAUGAUGGCAUGGGUGGGCCACAUUUGGAGUUAUUCUAGGAGUAGGCUGUGAUGACUACUUAUCCCAGGGGUCUGUUGAACUCUUCAUUAAGAAGAGGCUUUGUGAAGGGCACCCUGGGUCUUCUUGGUAUGACACCGCUGUAAUGAUAGGCAAUAUUAGGAUGUAAUGAGAAAAUAAUGGCAGCAAGGUGUGGAGGAAAAGCUAUACUUGGCAUCGGAUAUCAUCAGUAAUCUGCCAUAUGGGUGUCAGCAGACUGCCUAUGAGGCAGGUGCAAAGUUACAAAGGCAAACACUGCGCUCUAGUGGGCAUACAGUAUAUAAACAUAAAGGCAAGGGGCAUUUAAGAGCUUCAGCACUCACAAAAUACAAUCAUCAAAGAAAAAACAAAUGAAGAAAUAAAGUACUUUUUUGUGAAAAUCUACAGAUGCAUCAUCCAUAAGUUAAUAUAACAUCAAAUAGUAUCUGUGUAGAGUUCAACUAGAAAAACUGAAAUCUUACAAUGGGACAAAAGUUUAGACAAAGACUCUGAGUGAUCUAGCUGGAUCAAAUCUCAUCAGGUGUCCCCAAUAGCGGGAACUGUAAUACUGAUCGCUGCAUACUACAGCAUUUGACGGUUGAGUAUAAUACCACAUUUGGUAAUAUUACAAGCCUGAUUUUUUUAGAAUUGUCUGAUCAGAGCCAGUGACGUUAAAAAAACCCCCCAUCAGAAUCAGGAUCAGUUAAACUGUCAUAUGCCAUGAAUUUUCAGGAUUCUAAAGCAAACAUGCAUGGCACUCAUUGCUAAAAGUGAUUCAAAUUCUGAUUUGCUAUCAAAGCUUUGGCAGAUCAGGUGAAAGGUGAGGGAGGGUCUGUAAAUCACACAUUUACGGACCAGCGUCAUCAAGACGACUUAAGUGUCCACAGACCAUCUCAACUACUGUAUAUCAGUAGGUGUUCCCUAAUAAAAUUAUGAAGUUUUAGAGGAGGCAGAGGGAGCAUCCUUUUCCUUAAAGAUUGUUGCUCAGUCGUCUUUUUUUAACAGCCCAGCCAGGCUCUUUCCACACAGUGUAUAAACUGCCUGAGGAUAAAGUCUUAAUCAAAGAAUUUCUCUCCUCCCUUGAAGGGAGUGAGCAAGGUAGGGAAUCACAGGCAAUCUGUUGUGAGGAAUCAAACCUCAGAACUAGUAUGUUACCGUGUACCGUAUUUAGAUUGGGCGCGAGGUGGAGGGGAGAAGAGUAUACUAUAUUCCUGGCUGUCGGUCAAAAAAAUAAAAAAAGCUCCUGAAGUCUGAGCCCCCGUCGGCCAGGUAACCCAAAACCUGGAGUGGGGAGUCAGCGUGGGAUAUGGGGAGAGGAACAAUGUGGCUCUUUGUGCAAGCCGGGCAGAGAAAACAAACCGUUUCCCCUGGAAAGAGAUCAUGUUCAGGCUCCAUCUGAGAAGACCACACAAGGCUGAUCAGAGCCCUGUCUGCUGUGUACAGCAAGAAGAGGAGGAGGAGGAGGAG